AUGGAACCCUGUGCCCCAACUCCACUUCUCUCUGCUCCUUCUCAGAGAUGUGGUAUGGUGUGUUCCUGUGGGCACUGGUGUCCUCUCUCUUCUUCCAUGUCCCUGCUGGAUUACUGGCCCUUUGCACCCUCAGACAUCAGAAAUAUGGUGCAACAAUUGCUGGAGUGUACCGAGCAGCAGGAAAGGAAAUGAUACCAUUUGAAGCCCUCACCCUGGGCACUGGACAGACGUUUUGUGUAGUGGUGGUCUUCUUUUUAUGGGUUUUAGCUACUCUAGAGGAUACACCCUCAAACUAUGAUGCCGAACCUAAGUUUUGUAGAAUCCUUCAAAAGAAUACAUUAUGGAAUGUAGUGUUUUCUUAG